UUUGCAUAUGAAAGUAAUACUUGUCUAUCAACGCUGAGUCCUUUAGAAUUACCGUUUUGCCUGUUGCGCAUGCCACAAUAAAUGCAAAGACAGCAUUAGCUGCGUUAGGUUAGUCGUUUUAUGUCGGAAAUUGACACAAUACAGCUGUACCGUUAAUGUUCUGAUUAUCGAUGACGUUUACUGUUGUCCUGCUAUCAUUACACAACGGUUUAUUGAGAAUAAAACAGCAGUGAGCGUUUAAAGGGAUGUCAAUGGAAUGGUGAGAAACAAAUAAAGCUAAAAUCGAUGUCUCGGGGAGGAUAGUCCGCUACACCCCUAUUCGCAGGCAUGCAAGAAGACACCUUCAUUUCUGGAAAAGGGCUAGCUAGCCACAAAAAUGCCGCAACAUUACGGAUGUCAGUCCUUUGAGCGCAGAACAAGGUUUUGAAUUGAUGGAAAGAUGUCUAAAAAAAGGGGGAGGAAGCGUAGCAGCGGAGAGCUGAGUGAUUGCCUGACCCCUGACCCUAGCAGCCUGCUGGGGAAGCGCAUCCAGCACAGUUGGCGUGAGAAGGGCGCCCUCACCAAGUGGAAGGGCACCGUGCUCGACCGCCUCAGCGUCAACGCCUCUCUCUUCAUGGUCAAGUACGACGGCUUUGACUGCGUCUACGGCAUCGAGCUCUUCAAGGACGACCGGGUCUCCAACCUCCAGGUGCUCAACGAGAAAGUGGUGAACAAUAAGAUCAAGGUUCCCCAUGAUGCGGAGGAGCUGGUGGGGAAGGCGGUGGAGCACCUGUUUGAGAAGGAGGACGGGGAGAAGAACGAGUGGAGGGGCAUGGUGCUCUCUCGAGCGCCCAUCAUGACCAACUGGUACUACAUCACCUACGAGAAGGACCCCGUGCUCUACAUGUACCAGCUGUGGGACGACUACAAGGACGGAGACCUCCGCAUCCUACCUGAAGCAGAGAACAAGCACCUGUUGCCUGCGGACAGGAAGCCAGGUGAGGAGGCGGAGAGUCUGGUGGGGAAGCAGGUGGAGUACGUCACGGAUAAAGGUGUGAAGAGGACGGGUCUGGUCAUCUACCAGGUCCCCGCCAAGCCCUCCGUCUACUACAUCAAGUACGAUGACGAUUUCCACAUCCACGUGUACGACCUCGUCAAGACCACCUAAGGCCAGUGAAGGAAGACAAAUCACAACAACAACCACAACAACAACCACAACAACAACAACAACAACAACAAUGUAUGAAAAUGGGAAAAAUAAUGUAUUUAUGAUGACUCAAUCUUGCUCCACCGCUCCAUAGCGCCUCCACCUGUCCGUCAGCUGUAAUCGUGUUCUCCAGCGUAGCGUAGCCGGCUUCCGUUAGCAUACACCACAUACAGGGACACACACACAGACUAAACCAAGCAUUGGGGGAAAAUGGUUCACAUGGUCAUGAGUUAAUACGUUGGGGAACAACUGAUUGUGUGAAUACUUGUGUUCGUUCAAUAUGAGUUUGUGCUUUGAAUAGGUCAAAUUUGUGGUUCGUGUAUGUAUUUCAAAAGAUAUUUCUACCAGUGUGUGUCCAGUUUUGCGAAUUGUUUUUCGGCAGGGUACAAAAUAAUUGAUCACCCUGUUUGAUUUUCGUCAAUGAUGAUUUGUCAUACUUUGCUGCACCUUUUCUAGGUGUUAACUACGCAAACAAAACAAACUUUGCAUUCAGAUCUUAACUCAGUCUUAUAAUGUCGAGGUGCAAUGGCCCGAGACACACACACACACACACACACACACACGUGCGCGCGUAAGUUAUUAAACUAUAUACAAUCACGAUUCAGAUGAAAUGCUCUCAAACGGAGACGGGUCACCCUAGUGAGUUGGCGCCAGAGGCUGGGACUGCCAGCAUGGAAGUGCAUUAAGCUAAGUGAGAUGGUUUUAGGUGGAACUUCAGCUCCAAACAGUCCAGUCCCAUGCAAGCAGUCACUCAGCUGUAUACUUUUACAGUCGAGGUGUUUCCUGUUACUAUGACGUUAGAACUGUCUGCUGUGUCUGUGGUUACAUCUAGACUCAUCAAAAAGGUUAUCCAUGGUCACAGGUUUUUAUUGCAUUUUUAAUUCUUAAAGUUCCACUGAUCCAAGCUUUAGAGAUAACAACAACAACAACAACAACAACAAUACAUUUGAUUUAAACGCGCCUUUCAGGACACUCAAGGUCACCUAAAAAAUACAACAGAAAAUACAAUACAGACUACAAUUCACAACCAACAGAAGAAAAAAACCUGUCACAUUUAAAUAUGCCAGACUUGGAGCAGUUUUAAACUAAGCAGUGAAUUGACUGACCGUAGAGUAAUUUUCUGAAGAGGAUUGUAAAGAGCAGUCCCUGUACUCCUGUUGCCUGGGGGUUUAAAGGGCUGCUGGAGCCUACAGAGACGGUCCUAACCUCCGUUCACGAGUGAAGUGCCAGUGAUCUGCUAGUCCGAGCGCCAGUGGUCUGCUAGUCCAAGUGCUUUCUCUCGUGUUUGCGAAAUGCUACGCUGCCCCUUGAUGUACUGCCCAUCGUGCGAAACUAACUUACCAGUGUCCUUAUGUCCGAUAUCAUGAAAAUAAACUCAACAGAAAUCACCAGAAUUACUGUCCAGAAGGAAGCACACAGAGGGCAUAUCAACAUCACCAGUGUAUUAUAAGACUCGGGGGGGCUUAAAGAGGCCCUCACACCUGUGAAUCUGCCGUGAGUCUUGAAAAUGAAUGACAAAUCCUUUGUAAUUAUUUACAUUUUUCCUAAUGUGUGUCUAUGUAGCGAAGCUGUGAAACAGCUAAGGAUGAGACUACAGGGCUCCUUAAACUUAUGUAUCUCUGAAUCACCUGAAAGAUGACAAUGCACUUUUAACAAAUAUGUACUGGCUUCUCAACUUAGUAUAGUCCCCGUUUUAAGGCUUCUCAACUUAGUAUAGUCCCCGUUUUAAGUAUCCCAUCUAUGUCAAGACAUAGCUAAUAAGCUAGUAGGUCAAGCUAAACACCAUUGGAAAGCUGAAGCUAAGCUAACUAGCGCUGUAGCCAAAGAAACACAUGGUUUAGGUUUUAGCGGCUAAAAACAUCUGAGAUGUGGUCUCCCAGCAGGCUGGCACUGCUGUUAUUCCCUUCCCCACCACUAGGAGACUUUGAUUGAAAAAAUAAAAAAAAAGAUCUUUUCUUUUUCUUCUUUAUAACAAAAUUGACUAAAUGAAUUAUGCACGAUAAAAAAAAAAGCAGUAGAAAUUAUGU